AUGACUUACAAUGGGGAGGUUAUGAGGGGCACCAGCAGGCAGCCCUGCUGCCCCAGUACAGCCUCGGCCAGCGGUGAGUACGCACGUGGGGGCAGGCUGGGCUGGACAACGGCUGGGACAGAAGCAUGGGCCGCCAGAGGGCUGGCUACUCACUCAGAAUCGAGGGCCCAGCCACUCAGGGAACGCCUUGGGCAAGGCAGUCUGCUGUCAUUGCUGCCAGGGCUGGCCGCAUGCCCUGCCGCCUGCCAGCUGCCUCGUGCCCUCUCCUACCUGCCCACGGUCCCUGCCGCUCCUCUCCCUGCUACCCUACCCUACUCUACGAGCUCCGUCCCUGCCAGCCCCACUCAAUGCCAUCUCUCCCUCGUCCUGCAGGCCAUGGGUGUACUAUUCUUCUUCACUCAGCUUUUGCUGAGCCACAACCUGCCGAUGGUUGGAUAUGACUUGGAUGAGGACACGCGCAAGCGCAUGCAGGAGCAUGAGGAGCAGCUGAGCCAGAUGAUGGCUUGGCUGACAGAGGAGAUGGAGCAGAGAGAGCAGGAGCACAGUAUGGUGGUUUGGGAAGCCCUUCUCUCCACUGUCUUGCAGCAGUGGAAGUUCCAGGCCUUUCUUGGAGUUGUGGUCCUGCUCUUUUGUCUCUGUGCAUUGCUCUGGAAGAACAGCUGUGACCUGAGAAAUAGCAGCAGCACCAUAAGCCUUGAGGGAGACAGCGAAGAGGAUGAAGAUGACUUUAUUAUGGACAGAUUACGAGAGGAGCGCAUGCUUUCGCAACGGCUGGACUUGGACCCAUCAUGGCAGGUCGUGGAAGAGCUGGUGGAUGACCUUAUAUUUGUCUGCCGAUUCUUCUCGAAGAAUAGCUUCGUGCCACAACUGUGGCCACCUGUCAGGCUGGGUGUCUUCCAAGACAGCCAGACUUCCAGAGGAGAAGACCUAGUCUAUCGCCUGCUUGUGCCUCUGGGGCCACCCUGCGGGCACUCUUUCCACCUCAUGCUGGGCCCUGAAAGGGAGGUGCCCAUGAGGAACUCCCGUGUGCGUGUGGAACUGGAGUGUACGUGCACAGGGCGGCAGCGGACGAGGAACAUGCUCUGCUUCCUCCACCACCCUGAGGACCAGCCGAGGAGCCGUCAGGAAGCCAGCCUCCUACAAACCUUCUGCAUCGGCCCAUACCUCAAUGUGCAGAAAACUGCCUUCUGGCUCCAGGUGCUGCUGAAGAUAUCCUUCAUGUUACUGCCUUGCUCACGCACGUACGAACUAACGGUGCUGCCUUCCACACGCUACUGCAGGCUCAAGCUGAUCGACGAUUUUGAGAGCUCCUUCUGCAUUGAGCUCAUCCUGGCGGUGCAGGAAGGCAGCUCGGGCCCAUUGGUGGCCAUGGAGUAG